UGUACGAAUUUCAUCACUGCAAUAAUGUAAACCUUUUUAAAAAACAGCCAAUCCAGUUUAUAUGUCAGUCGAACACAACUCUAAGAAAUGAUAAAAUCAUUCUCCAUUUACUGAUUUGUUGUAACUCAAAUUUUGUAAUUGAAGAGCAAAUCUUCUAUUGGGUGUGUAAUUUCUGUUCACCUCUGUAUAUUGAAAUAGCGUUGAGAGACGUGUGUAAGAGUUGAAGGAAGCUUUCAAUACAUCUGCUGCAGGGAAACAAUGUAUCAGCUGAGGGAACAAGGGAAGUAGAAAAUGUCUCACUACGACAAAGAAUACGAUUAUUUAAUGUGAUGAAAUCCUUACAGGAAUGGCAGCAACAACAUAUUGAACUCUUCAUCUGGACUAUGCAGGGCAAGGAAACCAAGGAAACAAAUUAUACCCACCAUGUCUCCUGAAAUCGGUGCACAAGGGAAAUCUUCAAUUUCAAAAACAAAUCAGAAUGCCUCAGUGAAAUCAGCCAAUAGAUACUAGAUUACCAAGAGUCAUGUUUUUGUAGAAAGAAAGUCAUGCCACAGGAGGAAGAUAUGGACAAACAGCAGGAGCAGGAGUUGGAUGCUCUCCAUGCUGAAUACAGGGCAAAAAUUUCUGAAUUUCUAUAACACAUUUCCUUUAUGAACUUUUGCACAUUGAAGACAAAAACCAGAACCGAGAAUGGAAGAAAACCUACUCUAAACAAUCUUCGUAAAGAUUUGCUAAGCAGGUUGGGAAAACUGACCACCCCCUCAUUUAUGGAUCCAGUAGAGCCUCAGCAUGAGCUUGGAUUAAAAGAUUGAACACAUACUUCUCAUUGAUCCCUAUUUAUGAGGAGGAAGCAAUUAAAUUUGCAAUCUUUCAUCUGGAGGGGAAAGCACAUGGGUGGUGGUAUCAUGGUUAAGUCAGUCAAGGGCACAUCCUUAUCACCACCUAUGAAGAAUUUUACAAGAGGUUGACCAAUAGAUUUGAGAGCCAAGACCCAAAGGAGCAGUUUAGAGAACAGAAGACCUGUCACUACUUAUCUGCACAUCGCUGCCCUAGGGACCCUCAGAAACAGCUAGAUUCAAGAUUGUGAGGCAUAGCGCAGGAGUGUUGGUUCUUGCAGACAUAAGGGUUUCAGAUCUGAGGUCAGAAUUCUGUGCAAAAGAGGCUACAAGGAGCUGUUUUAGACCCUAGGUGAGUCCAAAUCAUCCUCAUGGCCAGUGAAGGGAAAUUCUGAGCUAUUACAGGGUAUACCUACUACUAACUGUCAUCUCCUUGAGUAUUACAGUUCAGAUCUGAGUUGUGAAGAAUGAUCUAGGGCAGCCACUGAUUGUCUUUCCAGGGGUUUGCGGUAAAGUAAGAAAUAUGAAGGAUGGUAAUUCUGUAGAUAUUUCACCACCAGCUACAACAAUUGCAUUUGAUCCUGUUAUUCCUUUGUUACGAGUUCCUGUACAGGCAGGUGAAAUAGAUGAUCCCUCGAAGGGUCUCUAUGUUCUUGCUUUUAAAGAUGAAGAUAGCUGGCGCUGUGCAUGGCAUGCCUGUGAAUCUAGGCUUCUUGAGCAGUGCGAGCAACCAAUGGGAGAUCUUCAUGAACACCGAAGGGAAGAUGCAACUGGGUUUCAUAGAUACAGAUGUGACAUGUCUUCAACUUUUUGGUCAUUUACCUUACCUCUAGUUUAUGAGGCUGGCGCUAGAAUGGGGUGUUCAGUUGGUGCCUCAAAUAAGUGCAAACCUCCGUGGUGGAAAUAUCUAUUUCACAUUGGAAAGGUAAGUAGUGAUCAAAUUGCUGAGAGGGAGGCGUGUGAAGAACAUGAGAUGAAAACUUGUGUUCUAGCUUCACGGGAUGCUUGUAUAAAGUAUGCAAAAGACACCUGCAGACCAACAUUUGAAAAUGCACGCAUUGCCAAGCCAAAUCAGAACAUUGAUUCAAUAUUUACAACCCAGAACUACAAAACAGUGAAUUGUUGGAAUAGCAAGUCCGGUGUCAAAUCAGACAAGAGACUUGAUGGUAAACUUGAGGAACCGAUAUGCUCAUCUGAAUCUGAUUUGUCAAGCACUAAAAAAAGAGAAUUUGAAACAACUUAUCGCGGAAGGACUUUGCUAGGUGAAGCUAGCUCUGAAAGGCACCAAGAAGGGCUAGUUAGGGUUGAAGGUUCAAUUCAAACCAAUGAAGUUGGAACACAUGGAGAUGGUAGGGAGGGAGGUUUGGCACAACCCAAGAUUGUAUCUACACAAAGCAAGCCUUCAAAUGAUGUAGGAAAGGUCACAAAACCAGGUUUACCAUUUUUGAACUAUUUACAGCAGCAGAUAAUAACUAAAUUGAAUGAUAUAAAAUUUGGCCGAAAUGGGUCAUAAUUGUUCUGGUGGGUUGGGUCUUGUUAUUUUAUUUUUGCAUGACACUAUUUCUCAUGACUUUUUUUCUAAUCACUGACUGCCUCUACUUUUUAGGGGUUGAUUCUUGUGUUUGCUAUCAAUGCACUUAUCGUACUAAGCUUUACAAACUAAAA